AUCGGAAGCUACUCAUUCAGUUUAGUUUUGAUCUUGCAUACGAAGCGGUUGAGAUCAUAAGCGUGUUCAGUUUUAUUUCGUAUUGUUAUAUGUAGUAAAAAAUGACACGAUUGAUCUAUUUCGUAUCAGCUUUAUUUUUUAUUUCAUUUUCAUAUGGAAAGUAUACUUAUGAGACCAAAUACAUCGAUGUACCGCUGGAUCAUUUUUCAUUUUUUGACAAUCGAACAUUCAGGUUACGGUAUUUGAUCAAUGAUACUUUCUGGAAACCCAACUAUGGACCUAUAUUUUUUUACACUGGCAACGAAGGAGAUAUCGAAGUGUUUGCUCAAAACACAGGAUUUCUUUGGGAGUCAGCAGAAAUAUUCAAAGCGUUAAUUGUUUUCGCGGAACAUCGUUAUUAUGGAAAAUCAUUACCUCCUAAAAAUUAUACAAAAGAUUCCAAUUAUUUUUCAUAUCUGUCAACCCAACAAGCUCUGGCUGAUUACGCCGACGUAUUAUACGAGCUGAAAAAUUACCAGAAAUUUAGCCCCCACAGUGGAGUAAGAAGUAGUCGUAAACGUGCAAAUCCUGUCAUCGCAUUCGGUGGUUCUUAUGGCGGUAUGCUGGCUGCGUGGAUGAGAAUAAAGUAUCCAGCAGUAAUUGAAGGGGCUUUAGCCGCAUCAGCACCUAUUUUACAAUUUACUGGCAUAACACCUUGCGAUUCCUAUAAUAAGGUAUUGACCGAUGCUUUCAACGCUUCGAGUCCGCAGUGUGUGAAGAACAUUAGAAAUUCCUGGAGAGUUUUACGUAAAUUAUUAGCAGAAGAUGAUGGCAAGCAAUGGAUUACCAAAAACUGGAAACUAUGCGCACCUAUCAAAUCCGAAGAAAACAUUACUCAACUAAUUAAUGUUUUGAGCGAGCUUUAUUCAGCUGUUAGUAUGGUUAACUACCCGUACCCUACAGAUUUCCUGAUGCCUUUACCUGCCAACCCUGUCAAUGAAAUGUGUAAAUAUUUGAACUCUUCGAUACCAGAUGAUGAAUUAUUGAGCGCGAUAUUCGAAUCUAUUUCCCUUUACUUGAAUUACACUGGAAAUACACAAUGUUUUGAUUGGUCAACCGAUCCAUUUGGCGAUAUUGCGGCUACAACAUGGAAUAUUCAGGCUUGUUCGGAGAUCAUAAUGCCAUUUUGUAGCAAUGGUAUAACUGAUAUGUUUGAACCAGCGGCAUGGAAUCUCACUCAGUAUGCAGAAGAAUGUUACAAAACCUACAAAGCAGUACCAAAUGAAAGAUAUAUAGAGGAAGUAUACGGUGGAAAAGAUUUACGUUAUUCAUCAAACAUAAUAUUUAGCAAUGGGUUGUUAGAUCCUUGGUCCAGCGGAGGAGUCCUUGAGAAAUUAUCGAACAAUAUUCUUGUAGUGAUUCUACGCGAUACAGCUCAUCAUUUAGAUUUAAGAGCCACAAAUGAACAUGAUCCUGAAAGCGUUACAUUAGCUAGGCAAUUUUACGUAAAUGUUUUCAGAAGAUGGAUUAAGAACUAUCGAAAAAAACUUAAUGCAGCUGAUGUAGAAUAUGAUGAUUAUUUGAAUUCGAUACGAGGAAGCAUCUUGAUAGAGAAAUGACUAUAAGACUCUUAAGAUCUAUUAUUUGUAUCUGUUCAUUAAAAUAAAAUCGGCGAGAUCUACUAUUCA